UUGGCUGCUCCACCCCAGCCUGCUGGCGGCCGCCUGGCUGCCUGCCGCCCUCGCCACCGCCCUGCCUGCCGGCUGCAUGCUCGGGGCGGCCCAGAGAGGGCGGGCGGCCAGCCAAGGACACACAGCACCGGGCCAUGGCCUUCUGCGUCCAGCUGCAGCUGCUGCUCUGGAAGAACUUUCUGUGUCGCCGCAGGCAGCCGGUCCAGCUCGUGGUGGAGCUGCUGUGGCCCCUCUUCCUCUUCUUCAUCCUGGUGGCCGUGCGGCAAUCCUACCCCCCCGUGGAGCAGCACGAGUGCCACUUCCCCAACAAGCCGCUGCCGUCGGCGGGCACCCUGGCCUGGCUGCAGGGCGUUCUCUGCAGUGCCAACAAUACCUGCUCCCCGAGGCCCACUCGUGCCCAGCAGCCCGGCCUGCUCAGCAACUUCAAUGACUCUCUACUCUCCCGGCUCAUGGCCGAUGCCCGCACCGUCCUGCGCAGCCCCCAGGCUCACCGCACACUGGCCGGCCUGGGGCAGCUGCUGUCAGCGCUGGAGGCCGCACGGGGAGCAGACUGGCCUCAGCCGGGGGAGCAUCUAAACACUGGACUAUCCCCGGACUCGGAGCUGCUAAGGAGGUGGCUUGACACAGUGUCCCCGGAAACCCUGGACAGCUUCCUGUUGGCAGCAGGCAACUUGACCCAGGAGCUCCUGAUGCUGCCCAGCCUGGCGGAGCUGCGGGCACUGCUUCAAAGCCCCGGGAGGCUCGGGGGUCCCCUGGGGGUCGUGUCCGCUGUCCUGUGCAGUGCCCAGGGCCCCAGUAUCCUCCAGGGAACCCCCCUUGACUGGUACGAGGACAGCCCACUGAAGGAAAUGCUGGGGACAGUGCCCACGUCCACUCUGCCAGACUCGGGCCUCAGCCCAGCCUGCAGGGAGCUGUUGAGGUCUCUGGAGGUUCACCCACUGUCCCGACUGCUCUGGAGACGGCUGCGGCCGCUGGCUCUGGGCAAGCUUCUGUUUGCCCCCGACACACCCUUCACCCGGACGCUCAUGGCCCAGGUGAACCAGACUUUCCAGGACCUGGCUCUGCUGAGGGACGUGCAGGAGGCCUGGGGAGUGCUGGGUCCCCAAAUCUUUGACUUCAUGAAUGACAGCUCAAAUGUGGCCUUGCUGCUGGUGGGGCCCCGGACACUACCAAACACACAGAGGCUCCUGCACCCUCGGGGCCCCGGAGGCCAGGCCCGGAAGAAUGCUCUCCGAGACUUCCUGGACCCCAGCGCGGGUGGCUAUAGCUGGCUGCAGGCUCACGAGGACGUCGGGCGCCUGGCAGACUCGCUGGGCCGCGUGGUGGAGUGCGUGUUGCUGGACAAGCUGGAGGCCCUGCCAUCGGAGGAGGCCCUCGAGGAGCGCGCCCUGGAGCUGCUGGCCGCGCGCCGCUUCUGGGCAGGGGUAGUCAUCCUGCGGCCAGAGGAUGCCCGCGACCCCGGGCCGCAGCCAGACCCCAGCGAAGUCCGCAUCAAGAUCCGCAUGGACAUAGAUGACGUCAGGAGCACCAAUAAGAUACGAAACAGGUUCUGGGACCCCAGCCCGGCCGCGGACCCGCUCAAGGACCUGCGCUACGUGUGGGGCGGCUUCGUGUACCUGCAGGACCUGGUGGAGCGCGCGGCCGUGCGCGUGCUCGGCGGCGGGGCGCCCCCCGCGCGGCUGUACCUGCAGCAGAUGCCGUACCCCUGCUACGUGGACGACGCGUUCCUGCGCGCGCUGAGCCGCUCGCUGCCGCUCUUUCUCACGCUGGCCUGGAUCUACGCCGUGGCGCACACGGUCAAGGCCGUGGUGCGGGAGAAGGAGACGCGGCUGCGGGACACCAUGCGCGCCAUGGGCCUGAGCCGCGCAGUGCUGUGGCUCGGCUGGUUCCUCAGCUGCCUGGCGCCCUUCCUGGUCAGCUCGGCGCUGCUGGUGCUGGUGCUCAAGCUGGGGGACAUCCUGGUGUACAGCCAGGCGGCGGCGGUCUUCCUGUUCCUGGCGGCCUUCGCGGUAGCCACCGUGGCGCAGAGCUUCCUGCUGAGCGCCUUCUUCUCCCGCGCCAACCUGGCGGCCGCCUGCGGGGGCCUCGUCUACUUCGCGCUGUACCUGCCCUACGUGCUGUGCGCCGCCUGGCGGGACCGGCUGCCCGCCGGGGCGCGCGUGGCGGCGAGCCUGCUGUCUCAGGCGGCCUUUGGCUUCGGGUGCGAGAGCCUGGCGCUGCUGGAGGAGCAGGGCCUGGGUGCGCGCUGGCGAGACCUGGGCGCAGCACCUGCGGCUGACGUGUUUAGCCUGGCGCAGGCGGCGGGCUUCCUGCUGCUGGACGCGGCGCUCUACGGCCUGGCCACCUGCUACGUGGAGGCCGUGUGGCCAGGCCAGUAUGGGGUCCCCGAACCCUGGAACUUUCCUUUCCGGAGAAGAUACUGGCUUGGGCCUCUACCCCCCAAGGGUCCCGCUCCACCCCCGGCCUCGCUGGACCCCGAGGUGUUGGUGGAAGAGGCGCCCCCCGGCCUGGAGCCUGGGGUCUCUCUUCGAGCCCUGGAAAAGCGCUUCCCAGGCCUCCGGCAGCCGGCUCUUCACGGGCUCAGCCUGGACUUCUACCGUGGCCACAUCACUGCCUUCCUCGGCCACAACGGGGCCGGCAAGACCACCACACUGUCCAUCCUGAGUGGCCUGUUUCCGCCUUCUGGAGGCUCCGCCACCAUCCUGGGCCACGACCUGCAGACGGGCCUGGCGGCCAUUCGACCACACCUGGGCGUCUGCCCGCAGCACAACGUGCUCUUCGACCUGAUGACGGUAGAUGAGCACAUCUGGUUCUACGGACGGCUGAAGGGGCUGAGCUCGGCAGCUGUUUGCCCCGAGCAGGAACAGCUGGUGCAGGACGUGGGGCUGGAGGCCAAGCGGGGUGCACAGGCACGGCACCUGUCGGGAGGCAUGCAGCGGAAGCUGUCUGUGGCCAUCGCCUUCGUGGGGGGCUCGCAAGUGGUCAUCCUGGACGAGCCCACGGCUGGCGUGGACCCCGCUUCCCGGCGCGCCAUCUGGGAGCUUCUGCUGAAAUACCGUGCAGGCCGAACAUUGAUCCUGUCCACCCACCACCUGGACGAGGCAGAGCUCCUGGGGGACCGGGUGGCGGUGGUGGCCGCAGGCCGUCUGCGCUGCUGCGGCUCCCCGCUCUUCCUGCGGCGGCACCUGGGCUCCGGCUACUACCUGACGCUGGCCAAGGCUGGCGCUGGGCCUGGGGAGGACGGCAGGGGCCGGCAGGACGGCACAGCAGGGCCCCUCCAACUGCUGGCCCUGGCACAGCGCCACGUGCCCGGGGCGCGACUGGUGGAAGAAAGGCCCCGGGAGCUGAUGCUGGCACUGCCCUAUGUGGGCGCUCAGGAUGGCAGCUUCCCUGCUCUGCUCCGCGAGCUGGACCAGCGGCUGCCUGAGCUGGGCCUCAGCGGAUAUGGCAUCUCAGACACCAGUCUGGAGGAGAUCUUCCUGAAGGUGGUGGAGGACUGCUCGGAGGAGUCCCAUCCAGCCCGAGUGGCUGCAGAUGGAGCCCCUCCGCGGCCAGUCACAGCCGAGCACCCCCAGGACCCCACCCCGCCGCGGAGCCCCCUGGAGGACGCAGCGCUGGAGAAGGGGGUGCCCGGGGGGGCCGCCCCCAAGGACUGGGGGCCAGAAGCGGGGCGACUGCGGGGCUGGGCGCUGACCACACAGCAGCUCCGGGCUCUGCUCCUGAAGCGUCUCCUGCUCGCCGUGCGCAGCCGCAGGGGCCUGUUCUCUCAGGUGGUGCUGCCCGCCCUGUUCGUGGGCCUGGCUCUGGCCUUCAGCCUUAUCGUCCCGCGGCCGGGCACCCGCCCCGCCCUGCGCCUCAGCCCCGCCAUGUACGGGCCCCAGGUCACCUUCUUCAGCCAGGACGCCCCCGGGAACCCCGAGCUGCUGCAGGCGCUGCUGGAGGAGGCAGGAUUGGGGGCACCCCCCCUGCCCGGCGCACCUCACGAGACCCCCGAGUGUGGGCGCCCCCCCACCUGUCUCUUCCGUGCACCCGAGCCACCCCGAGCCGUGACCGAGGCGCUGGCCGCCGCCCAGUGGACUCCCGGAUCGGCGUCGCCCCCCUGCCAGUGCAGCCACCCCGGUGCCCGCCGCCUGCUGCCCUCCUGCCCCCCUGAGGCUGGGGGCCCCCCGCCCCCCCAGCUGCUCACCCCCACCGGGGAGCUGGUGCAGAACCUCACUGGCCGCAACCUCUCCGACUUCCUGGUCAAGACCUACCCCAGCCUGGUGCGCCAGGGCCUGAAGACCAAGAAGUGGGUGAAUGAGGUCAGGUAUGGGGGCUUCUCCCUGGGGAGCCGGGACCCUGACAUACCCUCGGGCGAGGAGCUGGCCAUCCGUCUGCAGGAGCUGGGCACGGCGCUGCACCCCCCUGCGGGCAGCCCCUUGGACCACGUGCUGGGCAACCUCACGGCCUGGGCGCGAGGCCUGGAUGCCCAGGAGAGCAUCAAGAUCUGGUUCAACAACAAGGGCUGGCAUGCCAUGGUGGCCUUCCUCAACCGUGCCAACAAUGCCCUCCUGCGUGCUCACCGAGCCCAGGGUCCCGCCCCCCAUGCCCUGCAUGUCCCCCGCAUUGCCACCUUCAACCACCCGCUGAACCUCAGCAAGGAGCAGCUGUCGGAGGCCAUGCUGAUGGCGUCCUCCGUGGACGUCCUGGUGUCCAUCUGCGUGGUCUUCGCCUUGUCCUUCGUGCCGGCCAGCUUCACGCUCGUGGUCAUCGAGGAACGUGUGUCAGGGGCCCAGCACCUGCAGUUCCUGGGAGGCCUGCCGCCCACCCUGUACUGGCUGAGCAACUUCCUGUGGGACAUGUGUAACUACCUGCUGUCCGCCUGCAUCGUGGUGGCCAUCUUCCUGGGCUUCCAGCAGAGGGCCUACGUGGGCCCCCAGAACCUGCCCGCCCUGCUGCUGCUGCUGCUCCUCUACGGCUGGUCCAUCACGCCGCUUAUGUACCCGGCCUCCUUCUACUUCUCCGUGCCCAGCACGGCCUACGUGGUGCUCACCUGCGUCAACCUGUUCAUCGGCAUUAACGGCAGCAUGGCCACCUUCGUGCUAGAACUCUUCCCGGACCAGCAGCUGCAGGAUGUCAGCCGGAUCCUGAAACGGGCCUUCCUCAUGUUCCCCCACUUCUGCCUGGGCCGGGGCCUCAUCGACAUGGUGCGGAACCAGGCCAUGGGAGAUGCCUUGGAGCGCUUGGGAGAAGGUCAGCUGCAGUCGCCCCUGCGCUGGGAGGUGGUCGGCAAGAACCUGGUGGCCAUGUUGGUGCAGGGGCCGCUCUUCCUCCUGGUCACCCUGCUUUUCCAGCACCGAGACCGCCUCCUGCCGCAACGCAAGCUGAGCCUGCCACCGACCCUGGGGGACGAGGACCAGGACGUGGCCCAGGAGCGCGAGCGGGUGGCCCGGGGGCGCACCCAGGGUGACGUGCUGGUGCUCAGGGACCUGAGCAAGGUGUACCCGCGGCAGAGCGCGCCCGCCGUGGACCGCCUGUGCCUGGGGGUGCCCCCCGGGGAGUGCUUCGGCCUGCUGGGCGUCAACGGGGCCGGCAAGACCUCCACCUUCCGGAUGGUGACCGGGGACCUGCGGCCCAGUGCCGGGGACACACUGCUGGCGGGACACAGUGUGUCCCGUGAGCCCGCAGCCGCCCGCCGCCACAUGGGCUACUGCCCGCAGACAGACGCCCUGUUCCCACUGCUCAGCGGCCGCCAGCACCUGCAGCUGUUUGCACGCCUGCGCGGUGUCCCCGGCCCCAGUGUGGCCCAGAUGGCGAGCCGGGGCCUGGCGCGCAUGGGACUGUCUCUGCUGGCCGACCGGCCGGCCGGCACCUACAGUGGCGGCAACAAGCGCAAGUUGGCCACGGCGGUGGCACUGGUGGGGGACCCGGCGGUGGUGUUCCUGGAUGAGCCGACCACAGGCAUGGACCCCAGCGCGCGGCGCUUCCUGUGGGCCAGCCUGCGGGACCUGGUGCAAGCCGGCUGCGCAGUGGUGCUCACCUCCCACAGCAUGGAGGAGUGUGAGGCUCUGUGCACGCGGCUGGCCGUGCUGGCGAGCGGCCGCUUCCGCUGCCUGGGGAGCCCGCAGCACCUCAAGACCCGGUUCGGGUCGGGCCACUCGCUGACCCUGCGCGUCCCCGCCGGGAGCAGGGAGCGGGCUCAGGCCUGGGUGGCGGCCACGCUCCCGGGGGCCGAGCUGCUCGAGGUGCGUGGGGGCCGCCUUCGCUUCCAGCUGCCGCCGGGCCUGCGCGGCGGGCUGGCGCGGGUCUUUGAGGAGCUGGCAGCGGGCGGCGCAGACUGCGGGCUGGAGGACUUCUCCUUGAGCCAGACCACGCUGGAGGAGGUGUUCCUGCGCUUCUCUGAGGACCAGGGCCGAGAAGCCGUGGCAGGAGCAGAGACACAGCCCCCCAAAGUCAUCAGGGAGUUCCUGGAUGACCCCCACACGGCUGAGUCAGUGCUCUGACCCCCGGGACCCCAGGAGGGGUCCCCAGCACCCCCGUGUCCGCGGGCAGAAAUAAAAGCCAUCGGCUGUAGUGCCUUG